AGAGAGAAGAGGAACCGAAAAGACAGAGGAGAAGCUGAGAGGCUUAUUACGCCCUGUUUGUGUACACAUACUGGUGUACAAACCCUCAAAAAUACAGCGUUGUUGAAAUAUUGCUCGGUCAGAGAUAAACUGUCCAACAUGGACCCGUUUACUGAGAAACUGUUGGAGCGAACUCGGGCUCGCAGAGAAAACCUGCAGAAGAAAAUGGCAGAGAGACCAAAUGCAGCGAACAGACAGAUGGUCAAAAGGCCCAGAGAGCCGCUGGCCGACACUAAUAGUGUGAUCAGUGAGCCAGCCAUUGAGAAAGCUCCACAGGUGUCCUCCAAGCCUUCUCCGUCCAAGCGCAGGUGCUCAGAGGAAAAUGUCCAGCCUGCAGUUGGUGAGGAGAACCAGGAGCCAAUGAUGACACGGACUACGGCUCCUGUGCUCUCAGAUCCUCCCACAGACAAGAAGCCCCCAGUGGGGCCUGCCAGCAUUCGAAAGACCUUGUCCCUGGAGAAGACUGCUAACCGGCCUGCUAUCCAGUCUCAGCCAGGGCAGCUGAGAACUGCACAGCCAGAGCCAGAGAAGAUGGCUGUCACCCCUGCUCCUGAUCCUCCAAGCAGCAGAGAAGCAGAGAAGAAGGAGCCUGUCAGUUUAGCCCUGCAGAGCAACAAGGAGGACUUGAUGGAAGACCCAGCUCCAUCUGCUGCAGGCAUGAAGUCUCGUCUGCAGAGGCUGGCAGUGCAGAGAAAGUGUUGGGAUGGCGAUGACACUUCUGAUGCAGUUCCUGACUGCACUCCCCUGUCCCUGUUGAAGAGACAAGCUGAGGUCCAGCCGCCCCCCGACCCCACCCCAUCCUCAGGAACUCCACUGGGGAGGAGAGGCAGACUCGCCAACCUCGCUGCCACCAUUGGAUCCUGGGAAGAUGACUUAAGCCAUGCUAACAUUCCCAAAGAGAAUACAAAGGAGAAGCCUGGUACGGCCGUUCCCAAAUUACAAGUCAGAGAUGCUACUGUGGCUGCCAGCACUAAACCAAGUGCUGCUGGCCAUGUGGUGGCCAGUUCAACUGCAAGCAGCAAGUUCACACCCAGCUCUCAGCAGGCUUUGAAUUCUCCAGCAAAGUCAAGCCGAGUGGUUUUCCCGAGCCCACAGAAGGCUGAAACUCCAGCAGCCAGGCCAGCACUUCAGUCAGUAACAAGUUCUGAGAAGAAUUUCAACCACGGGAUGACCUCCCCCUCCAGUCCCCAGAAGAGCUCCAUCCAGGGAACGACCUUCCCAUCCAGUCCUCAGAAGGCCGGCCCCUCAUCCUCAACAUCAGUCCCUCAAAGCCCCCUGAGGAAUCAGGCCCUCUCCAGGGGCCUCAACCCCACCUCCAGCCCCCAGAAGCCAGAACUUCGUGCCAAGCCCACCAUUGCUGAACCAUCCGUCGCACAGGAGAAGGCCACAGCUGGAGCACCUGGUGUAAAAUCUUUUCUGGAGCGAUUUGGAGAGAGGUGCCAGGAGCGUACCAACCAGGGCUCCCCUGCAGGGGGCACACCCCACCCCAAGACUCCCACUGUAACUCCAUCAUCAGUCACCCCAAACACCAGACUGGUACAGGAGAGGCUCAGAGCUGCCCAAGCUGCAAACACGUCCACCGCUGAUCUCACCCAAAGACAGAAGCUGGAGCGAGAGUCUGAGCUGGCUAAGAUCCGCAGUCGCUUCCAGAAGGGAAACAAUAUGUGGAUAAACAAAGAUGAAGCUGCAGAAACCAAUAAGACCACAGAGAUCAAGGAACAGCUUGACAAGCCUGCGAAGGUUGAUGUUGCCCCAUGUGAGCCGAAGGAUGAACCCACAGCACACUCUACUGAGAGCACAGACACACCCACAAAACACACUCCUUCAGGUGACAGGUUGCUGGUCUCGCCUCCAGCCUCAACCUCCAGUCCUCUGAGAGUUGCUACCUGUGCUAUAGAGAAAACAACUGAUGAAACCCCGCAAGAAGAGGAGGUGGUCAGUGAGAGAGAGAUGAAUGUAGACCAGUCCAUCAACUCUGCAGUUAUUAACGAGCUGUUUGAUGGAGUCCUGGAGCAGAGUGAUGAUGAUGAUGAUGACGAGGAGGAUGAGGAGGAAGAUGGUCUGAAUAUCUCCUCCAUGUCCCUCCUCACUCCACUAGCAGAGACUGUGGCUGCUGUGGUGAAGAGUCCAGAGAGGAGAAUGAUGACGUCAACACCUGCCAGCUCGUUCAUUGUUAAGAGCAACACUCCAGACGAUGUUUCCAGACCACGCAACUUCCAGAGAACUAACAUGACGCGCACUGCCUCCUCAGAUAGUAUUGAGGCAUUAGACGGGGACCACAAACUGCCAUAUAGCAUUGAUGCAUAUAGGUCCACCAGGGUGAAAGAGACCGAGAGACCCAAUGUGAAACAGGUGAUUGUGAGAAAAGAGGAUGUCUCUCACAGAGCAGAGGAACCCAGAGGAUCCAGUCUCUUCAGUAUCAAACAGAGGACGAAGAUUCUGACAAAUGAGAUGAACCUGCAGCAGACAGUCAUUCAUCAGGCCAGUCAGGCACUCAACUGCUGCACAGAUGAAGAGCACGGCAAAGGAUCCCAGGUGGAGGCUGAAGCAGAGAGGCUGCUGCUGGUGGCAACGGAGAGGAGGGAAGCGUUGAAGGCAGAGCUGGACCGUCUGAAAGGAGACCCAACAGGCCAGAAAAAGGCCUCUGCAGCCCCAGAACCUACCGGCAUGUCUGCCUCCAAAGGCUCCAUCACCCUGCAGGAGCUGCGUCUGCCUCUCAAGGCAGACUUUGUUUGCUCCAUUGCAAACAAGCCAGAGUCGACCAAACAUUCGUUCUUCAUGAUGAUUCGUGCUGGAGCAGAGAACACUGUGGCCACACCAUUAGCCAGCACACACCGCGGCCUGAGUGGGGACACCUUGGCUUUCCCUACCAAGUUUACCAUAUCUGAUGUUUCCAGUGACUUUGAAAUUGACAUUGAGGUCUAUAGCUUGGUGCAGAAGCGUGAUGUUUGCAGUGACAAGAAGAAGAAACCCAGCAAGUCAAAGGCUAUCACUCCAAAGAGAUUCCUCGCCAUCACUAAAAGUGGCCAGACGCCAGUUGUCGCCAGUCCAGGAGGCCCAAACGCUGUUCGCACCAGUAACUUUGUCCUGGUGGGAUCACACAAGCUCAACCUGUCCUCUAUCGGGAAAAAUAAAUUUCCUCUGGAGAAGGUGCCGUUCUUGUGCCCUCUGGAGGGCCACAUCUACCUCAAGAUGCAGUGUGAAGUUGGCUCAAAAGUGGAGGAGAAGGGCUUCCUGACUAUGUUUGAAGAUGUCAGUGGAUUCGGAGCGUGGCACAGGAGGUGGUGUGUUUUGUCAGGAUACUGCAUCUCCUACUGGACCUACCCCGAUGAUGAGAAACGCAAGAAUCCCAUUGGUCGAGUCAAUCUGGCUAACUGCACCAGUAAGAAGGUGGAACCAGCCAACAGAGAGUUUUGUGCCAGACCCAACACAUUUGAGCUCAUCACAGUCCGUCCACAAAGAGAGGAUGACAAAGAAACGCUGGUCAGCCAGUGCAAAAAUACUAUGUGUGUCACCAAAAACUGGCUGAGUGCAGACACUAAGGAUGAGAGGAAUUUGUGGAUGAAGAAACUGAACCAGAUUUUGGUGGAUCUGCGAAUGUGGCAACCAGACGCCUGUUACAGGCCGCUGUAAUUACCGCACUCUGUCACUACCAGCCCUUCUAUCUUUUGGACUGUCAAUAUCAGUGACACAUGCAAUUAUAAAGUGCAAUACAGUGUAAGAAUUGUUUUACUGGUGGAUAUUAUCCAGGAGAUAAGUAAUCAAACGCGCAAAUUAUAGAUCAGAGGAGAAUUAAUAAAGCCAUACGUUUAAAACAUUACAGUACAGUAUUUUAUGUAGGAGUCGGGGUUCGGCACUAUUUUUUUUUAAUACAUUUCCAGACAGGUCUGAUACUUUAAUCUUUUGGGGUAUUGUUGAGUUGCUGUUUUUCACGUUGACGCCAAUAUUUAGUGUUCUUGACACAUAAUGCAUGGCUUUAAAUUAUUUGGUUUCAAAGCUGAAAUUACUAUAUUUGAUAGUGUUGGAAUAACAGAUGAAUACUAAUUUGAAACACCACAGUUCUGUCACAUUUUUCCUGCAUGACAGCACAGAACAAUACUUAUACUUUUGGUAAGUUUUUACUUUAUAUAUAUAUAAAUAUUAGCUUUUAUAACUUGUGGCAGGACAUUCAUGUGGUUUUCUUAAAUUGUCACGCACAGCUUUUUGAUACCAGUUAUACACCAGCUUUUAUUCUGUUUAUAAUGUUUGUUCAGUGUUUAUGUAAUUAUUUCAGUGUGGGAGUUCAAGUUUUGGAGAACUGGGGCGGUAAAGUCUGUUACACAUUCUACAUUACAACCCGUCCAACACUCAUUUUUAAAUACAUUCAUAACAAAAUUGUUUCAAUAAGGGUCCCAUUUUAAAUACAGCAGAAUUGUGACCAACAGAUUAACAAUUCAGAAGACUUUACAGCAUAAACAUAAAGUUGUUGCGCUGUCUGGUGGACAAACUAUGUAACAGCGGCACCGUUUGUAAAUUAAACAAAUUUUAUCGCAGUUCAGUACUUAUGGCAUACAUGCUGAUAGCUAUACAUAUAUGUCAAGAUAUUGGCCUGCUUAUUUAUCAGUCAGCCUUAUAUUAUAUUUAAUGUUUUAAAGUAACAAUGUCUGCACAAAGGACGCUAUUUUGUUUCAUAUUGGCUUUUUCUGUGUAUGUAGUAAUUACUAUUGAAACUUGUGUUCUAUUGGUCUACUUCAAGUCAGUCUUAAAGGAAUAUUUUUGCCCCCCAAAUUUUAAUUUGUGUAUCAAUUACUUGCUGCGUCUUACCUUUAUUGUGAUGAAAACAUUUCUUUUACAUGAUUUCAUGAUGAAUGGAGAAUCCAAAAAAGGUGAACAUUUUUCGUAAAUUGAAGUAAUCAGGGUCCGCAUUAAACAACAGCAAAACCAUAUCAAUAUAGUUGGAAUAUAGUAUGUUGUAACAUUUUGAGAGAAAAUGCAUGUGUUUGGGAAGUAUUAAGCAUACAACUGGAUAAAGGAGACUAGGAUUAUACUGCACUAGUUGUGUCAGAGUUUGUAAAGAGAUGUUUUUUUGCUGUUGUUAAAUGCAGACCCCUAUUACCUAAUUUCUUAAAUUUAUUCAUCUUUUAUGGAUUCUCCAUUUACCGUGGAGGUAUGCAAGAAAAACCAAGUUUCAUUCAUGAAUUUAAAUUUAAUGCGCUACGAGUAAGUACAAAUAUAUACAAAUGGCCAUUUUGGUGGCAAGUUAUUUCUGUAAAGGCAGCAGUUGGUCUUUUUUGUUGUGUUUUAAGGAGGUUAAUUCUUUUGUUUUUAGUUCACCAGUAAUAUCUGAAGUAUGCUGUGUUGCAGCAGAUGAUGCGACUGCAAAUAUUUGGGACCCUUUUUUUCCCCCUCACACCCCUUGUGUUGCUUGUGUUGAGUGUCUAACAGACUUUACAGUCACCCCUCAGAUGUUUGUAAACACAAUUUCCUAUUAACAGAUUUUCACCUUAAUGCAAGUAAAAGACGAAGCCUUUUCAUCAUGUUGAUAAAAAACUCAGACUACACCCGAUGUAUUGUUUCUGCAUACAUACAUUUUCAUCAUGACAAAUACUAGCAAACAGGAGAUAUGUUAAUAAUUUCAGUAGUUACUUAACAGAUUUCAGUUCUUCAGUUUGUCAGGCAUUUGUGGAUCUGAGACAAUAAAUGCCUGCUUUGACCAAAA